GCUUAACGGCAAUCGUGAGUGGACGGAAAUAAAAAAAAAUAUAGCUUUGUAAUAAAUAAGCCAAGUAUGAAGUGAGUCAAGUGGGACAGCUUUUAUGUUCUAUUUAAAAAUUACAGACAUUAAGUAAUUAACACUGCCACUUUAAAAUAUUCACACCAAAUGGGUGAUUAUUGCAUAUUUAAAAUCCACUUCAACGCUUCAAAGGCAACAGCUAAAUUAGAGCUUAUGUAGUAUUCAAACUUACUAAUUGCCUACGGUUUUGAGUGCUUCAGAGCACAUUCAGCAUUAAAAUGAUUUUUUUCCUGUUAGUUUUCCGUGCGACAACCACCUUCAAACACUAUCCCGGAAAAUGGAAGCCGAAAAAUAUUUUAGAACGUUUUUCAAUUUUUACCGACAACACCGAAUCGAUUUGACUGAGAAAAAGAAUCCAUUCAAGAUAAACCCCUUGCGGCACAAACUGUUCGUCUUGAUGUCAGUGCUGACUCUUCUGACGUGCUUUCUGCUGGGAGUGUACGGCAAAUCGUUCGAAGAGAGCCUCAUUCCUAAUCGUAGCUGCAUCAACCGAAUGAUUAAUUGGUUUUGCCUUAGUUCAACGUUGACCACCGCUUUCAUAGUUGCGUGGGAAAAUGUGGCUACCAGCAAGGAGGAUGUGAAGAUAUGGAACACUUUCCAUGCCAUCGAGACCACCAUUGGCCUGUGUGCAAGAAACUCCCGCAACGUCCUGUACAAAAGUCAACGAGUGUACAAGGGGAUUUUUUACACAAUUAUUGUGUUGUUUUGCGCGAUUGGAGUAAUUUUGUUGCUCGAGUAUCGCGAAAUGGAUAGAGCACUGGUUGAAUUUAUCAUUGUUUUUGAGCUGCUUUCUACUGUGGAUAUACAGCGAAUGCUGCAUAUUUUAUUGUACAUACGUAUUUUGACGUGCUAUCUGAGCAAGAUCAAGGACGACCUCAAGAUUGCUGUGUUGUCGAUCAAUGAAGCUGCAGCGGGAUCAAUCCACGAACGUGAGACUCAGCACCAGUUGAAGAGAUGUAGCACAUGUUACUUUUUGUGCAUGAAAGCAUUCCACCAGAUACAGGACCAAUUUUCGUGGGGCCUUUUCAUGGUGUGCCUUAAGUUUAGUAUAAUUUUGUGGAACGAAAUCUAUUGGACCGUGUAUCGAGCCAUCAUGGAAACGUCUUUUGAAUUGUUCUGUCUCAACGUGGUUCCGUACCAUUUUAUGUUCAUGAGCUUUACCUGGUCGUGUGAAAGUUUGUACGCGGAGGUAAAAUCCCUAUCGCAACUGCUGUAUACGAUUGAUCUUAACAAGGCGUCCAGUUCACACAAAAUUCGAAUCACACAGCUUAUGCUGCUGCUAGAUUAUAAAGUAUUUUUCUUCUACACAUUCGGCGUAUGCAGAGUAUCGUACAAACUUGUCGUUCAGUAUGCAAUAUCCGGAGCUACAAAAGUAUCGUUUAUAGCACAAAUCAUGCAGGAUUUCUACACCGAUAUGAAAUUGGAAGCAGAAUGACAGCAAUUGGAAUAAAAAAAAAUCCUGAUACCGUCGCUCAGUUUUUCAUUGUAAAACAUAUUUGUAUCA